AUGGCCUCGGAGGCAGUGAAGGUGAUCGUGCGCUGCCGGCCCAUGAACGCCCGUGAGAAAGCUCUUCGCUGCAAGGUGGUUGAGCAGGGCCAGUGCUUCCUGCAGAACCCCGCCGCCGCCGGAGAGCCCCCCAAGCAGUUCACCUUCGAUGGGGCGUACUGCCAGGAGCACAGCACGGAGCUGAUCUACAACGAGAUUGCCUACCCGCUCGUGGAGGGUGUCACCGAAGGCUACAACGGCACCAUAUUUGCCUAUGGCCAGACUGGCAGUGGAAAGUCAUUCACCAUGCAGGGAGUUGUGGAUCCUUCUGCACAGAAAGGCAUAAUUCCCAGAGCAUUUGAACACAUUUUUGAGAGCGUGCAGUGUGCUGAAAAUGCCAAGUUCUUGGUAAGAGCUUCCUACCUGGAGAUUUACAAUGAAGACAUACGAGACCUUCUAGGAGCUGAUACCAAGCAGAAGCUGGAGCUGAAGGAGCACCCAGAGAAGGGGGUGUACGUGAAGGGGCUCUCUCUGCACACUGUGCACAGUGUGGUACAGUGUGAGCAGCUCAUGGAGACAGGCUGGGGCAACCGAGCAGUGGGUUACACCCUCAUGAAUAAGGACUCGUCCCGCUCCCACGCCAUCUUCACUGUCAAUAUGGAGAUCAACACUGUAGAUGAGCGAGGGCAGGACCACCUCAGGGCUGCAAAACUCAAUUUGGUGGAUCUGGCAGGAAGUGAGAGACAGUCAAAAACUGGAGCCACGGGGGAGCGGCUCAAAGAGGCCACCAAAAUCAACCUGUCCCUCUCAGCUCUGGGCAAUGUCAUCUCAGCCCUGGUUGAUGGCAAGUGUAAGCACGUCCCCUAUCGAGACUCCAAACUGACCAGGCUGCUGCAGGACUCCCUUGGGGGAAACACCAAGACCCUGAUGGUCGCGUGCUUAUCUCCAGCUGAUAACAACUAUGACGAGAGCCUCAGUACAUUGCGCUAUGCUAAUCGAGCCAAAAACAUCAAGAACAAGCCCUGUAUCAAUGAGGACCCAAAGGAUACUCUGCUGAGGGAGUAUCAGGAGGAGAUUAAGAAGCUGAAGGCCAUUCUAGCUGAACAGAUGGGCAUGAAUAGCUUGGCAGGGCUUCGAACUGCUGAGACUGCUCACCUGGCAGCGAAGCCACUUCCCCUCCUCAAACCCCAAGUAGAUCUUGAAGCAGAGAAGCAGCUGAUUAGAGAAGAGUACGAGGAGAGACUGGCCCAGCUAAAGGCCAGCUACGAAGCGGAGCAGGUGUCCCGUGCCCGCCUGGAGGAGGACAUCAGUAGCCUGAGGACUCACUAUGAUCUCAAGCUGUCUGCCCUGGAGGAGAACCUCAGGAAGGAAGCAG